AUGUGUUCCAAGAUCGUAGACAUAUUUUCCCCGGAGAACAGGUUUGUGAUGCUAAGUAUAGGAUUACAAGAUGAUUCUUUCGAUUGGUUCCUCCCCAUUGCACUUUCCGUCCAUCUUAUAUGGAGAGAAGCAAGACGAUGUGGCAAAGGCACACAAACACCGAAUGAAGCUAAGGUUAAGUCAUUCAGCCUCAAGAUCAUGCUCAGUAUACAGCGUGGAACCGCGUCUUGA